AUGGCAUUCUGCAGCCCACACAGCACCACAUCCCUGCGCUCCCCAUGCACCACCAUCCCAAACUCUGGCUUCAGGCAGAACCAAGUCAUCCUCUUCACGACCAGAAGCAGCAGGAGGAGUAACACGAGGCAUGGGGCAAGGACCUUCCAGGUCUCAUGCGCAGUUGAGCAGCCAAUAGUGAUUGGCCUGGCAGCAGACUCGGGAUGUGGGAAAUCCACCUUCAUGCGCCGGCUCACAAGCGUGUUUGGAGGUGCUGCAGAGCCACCCAAGGGCGGCAACCCAGACUCCAACACGCUCAUCAGCGACACGACGACGGUCAUAUGCCUUGAUGACUACCAUUCCUUGGACAGAACCGGGAGGAAGGAGAAAGGUGUGACCGCCCUGGACCCCAAGGCAAACGACUUUGAUCUCAUGUAUGAGCAGGUGAAGGCAAUCAAGGAAGGCAAGGCUAUUGAGAAGCCAAUCUACAACCACGUCACUGGCCUCCUCGACCCGGCGGAGCUCAUCCAGCCCCCCAAGAUCUUCGUCAUCGAGGGUUUGCACCCAAUGUACGAUGAACGUGUGAGAGAGCUCCUUGAUUUCAGCAUCUACUUAGACAUCAGCAAUGAGGUUAAGUUCGCAUGGAAAAUUCAGAGAGACAUGGCAGAGCGUGGGCACAGUCUUGAAAGCAUCAAGGCUAGCAUCGAAGCCAGGAAACCUGAUUUUGAUGCCUUUAUUGAUCCGCAGAAGCAAUACGCUGAUGCUGUGAUUGAAGUUCUGCCAACCCAGCUGAUUCCUGAUGACAACGAAGGAAAGGUGCUGCGAGUUAAAUUGAUCAUGAAAGAAGGCAUUAAGUUCUUCAACCCGGUUUACCUCUUCGAUGAAGGAUCAACCAUCAACUGGAUCCCUUGUGGAAGAAAGCUUACAUGCUCUUAUCCUGGCAUCAAAUUUUCCUAUGGCCCAGACACUUACUUUGGCCAAGAGGUAUCGGUGCUGGAGAUGGAUGGGCAAUUUGACAGACUAGAUGAACUCAUCUAUGUUGAGAGCCACCUAAGCAACCUCUCAACCAAGUUCUACGGGGAGGUGACACAGCAAAUGCUAAAGCAUGCAGACUUCCCAGGCAGCAACAAUGGAACAGGUCUCUUCCAGACCAUUGUAGGACUGAAGAUUAGAGAUCUCUAUGAACAGAUCAUCGCUGAGAGGGCCGGCGUUCCUGCUGAAGCAGCAAAAGUUUGA